AAUAUACGUUCUUAGGUGGAGCACUUGAAUGCAGCACUGUAGAAAACUUCCACAUUCCCGGUGGGAUUUUCUUUUACAGACGUUGGUGUUUACUCAGCUCGUAAUUAACGGUAUUUCCGACAGGAUUUAAAAUCAAGGAUAUAUGCGUUUGUCAACUCUUCACUUCUUCCCAUCGUUGGAUUACAAUCUCACCAAGCUAGUUAAUGUUGACAUCUCACCUCGGUAACGCCUCUCUGUCGCCUCUCCUGUUCCAAAGUACAACGGUUAGCUAAGUUAGCAGGUUUAUGUGACGGUUUACCGGGUCAAAGAGCAUUUUUACUGGAUAAAGUGACACCUUCUCACAGACUGAGGCAGUUUGAGUUCCACCUACUAUUUACUUUAUGAUAAAAGUUUAAUAUAAACGUUACUAGGUGUUUGAGGCAAUAUGAGUCGAAGAGGUGAAAAAAACGAAACCACCGGUGAAACGUCCAGCGCUCCUGUCGGCUCUCAGGCUGACCAACCAAAGAGGAUGAAAAUCAUUUAUGUCGUUUACCUCAUCACCGCUUUGGAUAUAACAUGGAUGUUUGUACAGUUCUCUAUAACCCCUUAUUUGGCAAAGAAACUUGGCUUUGACACAUUGUGGUUCGGUUAUUUACAAACCAUGGUAGGUCUAAUCCAGCUGCUUGGGGGUCCUAUGUUUGGAAGGUUUGCAGAUCUGUUCGGGGCACGAGCAGCUUUGUCUCUGGCAUGUUCUGCAACAAUUGUUUUCUUUUUGCUGCUGGCUGCAGCAAACCAUCCUGCCAUGCUGUUUGUCCACAAACUCCCCACAAUCUUCAUGCAUGUCCUACCAGCUUCUCAGAUGGUCGUCACAGACCUUUCAGAACCAGACAAACGGGCAGAUGCUUUAUCCAAACUAGGUCUGUGUUUUGGCAUUGGUAUGAUAGUCGGCUCCACGUUAGGCGGCCACCUCAACACACGCUAUGGGGAGACGUUUGCUGCAUGUUUCGGUGCUGCGGGCAGUGCCUUCAGUUUAAUGUUGGUUUUAAAGUUCAUCCCAAAAACGACUAAAGGUCAAGCUCCAAGAACCAACACAGACAGCACAGCGGUGGCAAGUGAGAACAAAAACAAGUCAAUAUUUAACGUGGGAGAAAUCACAAGACUAAUGAAGUUUCCAGGUGUGACGCCGACUUUUGUUGUGAAGAUAGUUGCAGGUUUGCCAUCAGGCAUUUUUCAAGUGAUGUUCUCCGUCAUUGCGAUGGAAUUCUUCAAACUGGAACCUGAGCAGAACGGCUAUGUGAUGGCGUAUUUUGGUAUAGUCUCAAUGGUUGUUCAGGGAGGAGUGAUCGGGCGGCUGACAGCGAGAUACUCUGAGAGCUCGCUGCUGCUUCUGUCCAUCGGAGUUUCUUCUCUUGUUGGACUGGCUCAGGGUUACAUGCAGAACGUGUUCCAGUUCUGCCUCACCGUCGUCCCGAUGGUGUUUUCUCUCAGUGUGUUUAAUGUCAUCACAGACAGCAUGCUGACCAAGAGCGUACCGUCCUCCGACACAGGUACGAUGCUGGGACUGAGCGCCUCCGUUCAGUCUCUGCUUCGCACAGUCGGCCCAACUAUCGGCGGCUUCCUGUAUGUGAACUACGGCAUUUCCUCAAUCGGCUUGAUCCAGUUUGUAGUGAAUAUUGCCGUGUUCGUGUUCAUGCUGCAUCGUGGGCUCAAGAAGAAAGUCGAACAAAAGGACUGAAAUCACUUUUAAAAGCUUUUCUUUUCAUCUCCGUCUAUCGUCUAAAAAAAACAACAGAGGUGAUGGAAAUCCACAUUUUAUUUCUGAAACAAUCAUUUUGACACUUGCAUAUAUUGAAAGCACUCAGUUACAGUUGAUUACAUGAUGUGGUGAGGUCAACAGACUCACUGUGUUGUACUGCCUGUGAUGGAGAUUCAGGAUCAAACCACUAGAUGACAGCAAAUCCUCUGUUUUACCUGAUGAUGCUUGUUUUUUUGUUUUUUUUUCUAUGGUUCAUGGUUCACAUUCAUGUUACACUUUUACAUCAGUUUGUUGAUAUUGGAGGUUUAUUAGAUAUCAUCAGAAAAUGUUAAGAAUUGAGCCAACCGACAUUAUUCCUAAUUGAACAUAUUAAGAUCAGAACAAUGUGUAAUUUGUAAUGAAAGAUUAUUUUCUUAUAUGUAUUUUUAUAUAUUAAACCUUUAAUAAAUGAUUUCAUUUUUGUA